AUGUCUGCAUCAGCUCCGUCACCCGAGCUUCUUGCUCUCGUCAACGACUUCCUGGCCAGCAAUGGCUUCGACAAGGCUGCAAAGGCCCUCUCCAAGCAAGCAAAGGACCAGAGCAUCACCCUUGCCGCCAACACCAACACCACCUUGACUGCUCUGUUCGACGCUCGCCCCAAGGAAGCCGCUGCCACCGCCGACGACUCCUCGGAUGCUAGCGACAGCAGUGACGACGAGUCAUCCGACUCCGACUCCGACUCCGACUCCGAGAGCGAGGACGAGAAGAAGCCCGUCAAGAAGACCGCAACCAAGACCCGCAAGGUCACUCCACCUUCUUCCAGCUCAUCCGACUCCGAAUCCUCCGAAGACGAGAAGCCCGCCGUAAAGAAGACCAAGGCCGCAAAGAAGGCCGACACUUCCUCCGAUUCCUCUUCUGCUUCAUCCUCCUCUGAGAGCGAGAGCAGCGACUCCUCCGACUCCAGCGACAGCGACUCUUCCGACUCUGACUCUUCUUCCUCGUCAUCAUCCUCCGGCUCCGACUCUGACAGCUCUAGCUCCUCCUCGGACUCCGACAGCUCAUCAUCCUCAGACAGUGACUCUGGCGACUCCGAGUCUGAGAGCGAGAAGAAGAAGAAGUCUGCAAAGGCUGCCAAGGCCGAGAAGCCCGCGAAGAAGGAAAAGGCCGACAAGAAGAAGGAGAAGAAGCCCGCCGCUAAGUCUGAGUCCUCGUCCGACUCUGCUGCUUCAAGCGUCACUCUCGCCGAUGCUCCCGCUCCCCUCAAGGCCGUGGUCGACACUAUCAUGGUCCCUGCCAGCUCGGCUCUCGGUCAGGCCGAAGGCACUGCCGCCCCAUCCAACGACGCAGAAGAGCACAUGCACCCUAGUCGCAAGCGUAAGCUCGGAGGCGCUUUCGGUGAGGCUGAGCAGCAAGUCGCAGUGCUCGCCACCGACGAGAACAUCAAGCGCGCAAAGAAGGAAAACGUGCCUUUCAGCCGUAUCCCCAAGGAUCAAUGGGUUGACCCCCGUCUUGUGAGCAACGCCUUCGUACCUUACGACUAUGCUCAGAAGGCCCACGAGGCUCUGAUUGUCACAAAGGGCAAGGCUUUCACCAAGGCCAAGAACAAGGGCAAGCGUGGCAGCUACAGAGGUGGCAUAAUCGACCAGACUCCCAAGGGUAUUCAGUUCGAGGAUUAG